AUGGCCGAUGGCCGGUAUCAUUACAACGCAGAUGGAGUGCUUCGUGCUGAUGAAUUUUUAAACAUGGAAAUUCUCUUAACUGAAGUCUCAAACGGUUAUGGAAGUAACAACAGUGGAAAGUCUAGUUUUGAUCAUUACAAGGCUAUGUUUGGAAUGCUUGCUAUGUUACGAACAUUAGCUCAAAAAUAUUCAAAGGCAUCAUUUAACACAUUCCAAAAAUUAAAGGUGCAUUUUUUACAUGGACAUGGUUAUGCAAUUCGUCAUUGGAGUAUUGUUUUUGUUAUGCAUAAAGAACAAUGUGUUGAAGUACCUGUCAACUUUUCCGAAAAAAACGAGCUUUUGGUUCCAUUUAUAGAAUUUUAUUCAACUGUUGCUGCUGGCUGUGCAGAAACUGUAGAUAUCAUGGUAUUACUAAAGGCGGAGCAUGUUGUAGCUUCACGAAAAAAGUGCAAAACAACAUCUCUUACAAGUAUUGUUGAUCCCGUGAUUGUAAGACUCAACGAAGGAAAGCACAUGACAAUUGUUGCUGAUGAAGGUCCCAUGAGCGUACCAGGAAGUCCCGAUCAUGACUAG